AUGGAUGGCAUCCGGCCAACGGCUGUGUAUGAGCUCUUAGACCUGGCAGAGGAGAGCCGGGGGCUGUUUUCCAUUGUGCUUGGAUUCCUUAGAGCACAGAAGGAGCUCAUCCUUGGACCCGCCGACGAGGAAAGCGACGAGGGUGAGCAGGCAGCUGCGAAGGCGCCAGCAGAUCAGAGACUACACUUCCGCUUCCUGGUGCCUUCGGUGGACCUUGCCCUCGCGAACUUGUCGAAACGUGGUUUAGACCAGGAUGCCAACGGCGGAGUCGUCCUGCAGAAGGCCGCGCAGGCCCUAAUCUAUGCGGCCGACGCCUCGGCAAGCGAUGGCGUGGCCCUGCGACGGCGCGGAGUUGAGCUCUUGAGGCGAGCCAGGGACCUCAUGAGCCGGGCCACCGAGGAGGGGGAGGUGGACCUCUCCGAGCUUUGCUCAGCCGCAGAUCUGCAGCUUGAGCUGCUGCAGGCGCGCUUGGCGACAGCUUGA